GGAAUCUAGCCGCGACCAAGUCUUUAGGAGUCACUUUUGAUAAUCUGUAUUGCGUCUUCAAAAAUUUCGUAGUUUCCCAAAGCACAUCUUUGUCAGAGCAACGCACAUUUCUUCUCAGACAAACAUAGUGAAUGUAAUGGAAAGCAACUUAUCACAGCAGGACCUCCUGGCCCAUGUGAAUCAGUUAUGGACCAUGUUGGAUGACUUGGCUGAAAGUAAUCAUGAGGGGUAUCAGAGAUUUAUAGAGCGGCACCUUAAAGAAGGCAUGGAGCACAUGGCACCUCCUGAGGCCCACAGCUGUGUUCAGACUAGAAUAUUGAAGCCUAAAGAAGAUGUACUAUUUAUCAAUUUGUGCAGCUGGAAGAGAGUCCCAGCACCUCAGUCAAAUUCAGAGCCAGUUCCCCUUGGUGGUGGAAAAAUGGAAAAAAUGCUGAAUGGACCAGAUCCUGUCACUGUCAUAGAUAUUGCCUAUAAUCCUGCAGUCCUUAAACUAGGAGAAGAUGACCAGGUUGAAAUGGAUCAGCUGAUUCGUCUGGCAAUGAAAUACAUACAAGAAGAACAUAAGCUUACUUUGUCUCAUUCGUACAUCAUACCAAAAUGCAAACUAAAAGGAAAUGCUGAAAGAAUGAGACUAAGUCUGAUGAACAUGUGUCAAAAACAUCCUGUCUGCAAGAAAGAUAGUGGUGAAAGAAUGGGUAAACAGAUUGUUUGUGGACAGAAGAAAAAUAUCACAAAUAAAAGUGAGAAUGAUAUUAAUGCCUGUGUACGAAAGGUGAGUGAAGGUUUGCUAAUACAGCAGAUGAAAAAUAUGCUUACUAGCAACCAUGGCAAUAAAGAAUUCAUUGCAUCCACUGACCUGAUUAGUGACUCCAGCUCAUCAACAAAGCAGAAGAAUAAAUGCCUCAUUGAAGAGAUUUCUAGUACUGAGCUACAUGGUGAACAUAUUAUAGAAACACCAGAUCAUAAACUCCAAGUUGUCAAGGAUGAAAAUGGAAAUGCUCGUAAAAUUGUACUGAGCGUGGACUUGCCAGAUGUCUGCAGUGUGACAGAAUGUAGCCUCAGUGUUUCACAGGAUGAUGCUCUUGUUGAAGUUCCUGGAAAGUACCAGUUACUAGUAGACUUACCAAUGAUCGUCAAUGAAGACACCAUUACUGCAAAAUUUAGCAAAACGACUCAUACCCUAUCAGUCACAAGUGCAUGUUUUGUAGUAUCUUGCCAGGAAGUCUUAGUUCUGGUUUGAUGUACGUGGUAUCCGUUUCUUAUUUUAAUAUUUAUUAACACUUCCUGUAUAUAUAAAUAAAGUGUAUGGAAACGUGUA